UAAAAAUCUGGUUAGAAUGAGAUCUUGCGGGGAGGAACGUUAAUUUAUUUCGGCUGUCAAAGGAGGGUUUAGAAAUGUUUCUUAAUAGCCUGUUUUAUGACCCUGCGGGAGCAAUGGGAGGAGUUAAGGACGCUCACCAGUAACGCUGGCAAGAAAGCGGCUUCAGUCAAGUCAUUAAAUAAAUAUGCCCGGAAUCCUAUGCACGCUUCUUUGGGACCAAGCCCCACUAAACCGGUCGCCUAGGUUGGCAUCAAGACAGCCUAAGGAGUUUUCCGCAGCUGAUAGGCUCUCCUAGUGGCAAAUUGGGUGUUGGAAACCCUAGUGAAAGGCCACAUAAACUCAGAAACCGAUUCAAAAAUGAGGAGGAAAAUGACAGCCAAGCGGAAUAUGGUAGCCCAGUAUCUCCAUUGUCCGGCACCACUGGAGCAAAGAGUGCAGCCGUCGGUGAAAAUGGAGAAGGAGCCAGACCCAAUGGGUUCUGAUGCACUGGGGAUAUCAGAGGGUCCAGUAAAAACCUAUCGUAUUGUGCAGGUUGGGACAGCUGGAGGCGGCCUAAGGCUGAUAACACCUCAGCAGACCAGGAGCGAACGACUAGAAACACCCCAGCGGUGGGAGAUUCAGGGGCAACAGGAAUUGCCAACUCCAGAUCUCACGCCAGUUCAGUCGCCGGCGUGGAGGAACCUGCAAGUGCCAGAACUCACAUUGACAGAAGACGUUGAAACCUACCUGGCUACCUUUGAGGACGUAGCUGAGGCCUGCAAGUGGCCGAAGGAACAGUGGGUGACGCGGCUCAUGCCCGCCCUCAAUGGAGCCGCGCUCCAGGCCUACAAUAACUUGGAUCCCAGAGAGAGCGGGGAUUAUGGGAAAGUGAAGGCCGCCAUCUUGCGAGAGGAUGCUGUCAGCCUGGAGAGGCAGCGCCAGAACUUCAGGCACUUCCGCUACCAGGAGGCCGAGGGCCCUCGCGAGGUCUGCGCCCGCCUGCGCGGGUUCUGCCACCGCUGGCUGGAGCCAGAAAGCCGCACCAAGGAGCAGAUUGUGGAGCUGUUGGUCCUGGAGCAGUUCCUGACCAUCCUGCCAGAGGAAAUGCAGGACUGGGUUCAGGAAUAUCGCCCCAAGACCUGCGUUCAGGCCGUGACCCUGGCAGAGCAUUUCCUGCUGAAGCAGCAGGAAGGCGAGAGGUGGGAUCAGCAGGUGCUGGGGCCUUUUGUACUCGAGGAGGCUGUGAGCUUCCCAGAAACUGAGCAAGUGCCCUUGGACACCAGGCAGACGAUGCUUUGCAGAGAUGCCAAGGAGGAGGCAAAUGAAAAUGCCACUUCAUUGGGUGAAGACAUCCAGACCAAAAACGAGGGGGGCUUUCUAAUACAGGAAGGCAUAAAGAAGCAAAGAAGCCGGAUACUCCCCGCCUUGCAGCCAGCCCAGUUUGCCUGCCAGAACGUCGACCGCCAGCAGCCUGCGAAAAAGCAAGACGCGCUUUUCCCGUGCCCCGAAUGCGGGAAGAACUUCUCUCGCAAAUCCACCCUCACCAGGCACCGGAGGGUCCACACUGGGGUCAAGCCCCACCAGUGCACCGAAUGCGGGAAAAGGUUCCUGCACAAAUUCAACCUGGUGAACCACAUGAGAACCCACCUGCGGGAGGAAGCGAGCUGCUGUUCACUUUGCGGGAAGAACGCAAAGUGGAAUUCGGGCCAGGGGGGCCACGACAGGAAGGACGGGUGUUGCGAAUGCGCAGAAAGUUUCGGGCUGCAGUUCAGCACAGAGCAGAGCAUGCAGGAGAGAGAAGUGCCCUUCAGCUGACUUUGAAGGCAAAGGCGGGAAUUGUAGCUGACUUGAAUGUAGAGAAUUUUUUUUUAUUUUUUAUUUUAGGAAAUACUCUAAACCUAGGGGAUCUUUUUUUAUUUUUGUCCUGGAACUCUUUAGAAUCAGGAACUGCCUUCUGAUGAUGAGGUGGUUGCCUUUAACAUAAUCGAAGCAAAGAAUGCCUUCAGCAGCUCAGAUGGGUUGUAUGUAUGUAUGUUUGUUUGUUUUCCUUUGGAUGUUUGUCAGUUUAUGGAGGCGAGUGGGGUGGAAUAAGGCAAAGAAGCCCCAACCUGCAUCUACAGCG